AUGCAUUCCUCAGACGAUGACUAACCUAACCGCCCUCCCCAUAAUAUAGCAGAAGGCAGCUCCCCCCGCACAGAUAAAACUAAAGUAUCAUCUAAUAAAUCCAGAGGAGGACGAAGUACCCGUAGAGGCAGGGGCAAAGGAGAAGAUUCCUCAAGUGGUGAGGAGUCAAAAAGCAUAGACAGGAAGUCAAGAUCUCGCUCCCCUGCAUAUAAUCAAAGAAGAGGUGGCGGAGGUGGUGCACGUCACAGUAAACGCCACCGAGGCUCCUCUGCUCAAAGUGAUUCCCAAAGCAGUGAUCUCAAUGACGAUGAUAAUAAGAGUUCCUCCUCUGAUAACAAUGAAGAUCGCGACUCACUUGAGAAUAAAAAGACCCAUCAUAGAAGCAGAGCUGAUAGAGGCGGGAGCCGGGGAAAGUCUGAUCGUAAAAAGUCAUCAAAAUAAGUUAAAAUGCCAUCCCUUGAAGGCCCAUUUGUUCAAUACAAAUCCUUCAUCGAAAUGCAAAGGGAUAGUCUAAGCAGUGAGGAUGCUUAAAAAUUCUAUGACUAAUAUAAAGCUGAUUAUAAGCAUAAAUAAGCCUAAGAUUUCUUUAUUGCUCACAGGGACGAGUGCUGGUUCCGUGAGCAGUAUGACCCCUUGUAAUCGUAUAAGUGGAAGCAGGAAAUAAUGUAAUAAUCUUAACUAGUAUCAUAAAAAUUCAUAGAAGAGUUCGUUGAGGGAAUGUCCAGCUCAAAGGCUUAAACAAUAUGUCUCGAUGAAGACGCAAACUUCGACUACCAAAAGUUAAUUUCAACCGACUCAGAUGAAGUCUCAGGUUCUCCUUUAUAUGGAUUUGAUGCUAAUUUACGUACUCUCUAUCUUAAACAGAUUCCAGUGAGGAUAUCUCGUUGGGAUUUACUUGAAUAGCUUAGGAAAACACCUGGCUUCGUUUCAUUUUCGAUGAGUGAGCCUUUGAAAACUCAUGAUUUCGAGAGAUAUGCCUGGGUAAGUUAUGAUUCAGAGGAAAAUUGCAGACAUGCUAAAGAACAGUUGGAUGGAUUAAUGAUAGAUAAAUUCAAGCUAUAUCCAGUAAAGAGCUAAAUUCAAAGAAAGCCAAUCAGAAUCACUCCACCUUUGGUAGAGGAUUCUAUAUAAAGAGACUUUGAACUGUGCAAAAGGCUCAUCUCAGAAAAAUUUGACACUGAGAAAAAGAUACCUUCUUCUGCUUACUCUUCUCUAAUAGAAAUUUGCAUGUUUUUAAGCUAGACUCAAUAGCUUGACUUGCUAUUGCUCUAUCUAAGAAAGGUGCACUCUUAUUGCUUCUACUGCGGUGAAGAAUAUGAUGAUGAAAGAAUGCUUGCUGCCAAAUGUGGACCUCAACACAUUAGAAAUACCAAAAAAGUGCCAAGAUACGACUAUGAUAACUUUUAGCAAUACUUUGGAAGUAAGAGCUUUGAGGAUAAAUAUCUGAAUGCUGCUAAUGAAAGACUUAAGCAGGGGGCUAAAGAACUUUAGUCACCAGAUUAAGAUAGUCUUUUAAUCUCAAUUAAGGAGCAGUAUGCUUAAAAAAAGACUUAGGAAGUAACUAAAAAUCAGAUAUAUGCUUGUUUAAUGUGCCAGAAGAGAUUUAAGUCUCCAGAGUUUGUACAAAAGCAUAUCUUUAACAAGCACGCUGAAGAACUAGAUGAGAAGUUCAACAAAUCUAUAUUUGAAAAAAUGCUUAAAGAAAACUACAUGAAUGAUCCCAAUAAAUUUACUAGCUCUUAUUAUUAAACUGGCUAAUCCUCACACUAAGGAGGUGGCUAUGGCAGAUCUGGCGAUAGAAGAGGCGGAGAUUAGUAUAAGAGUGGGAAUAGAUAUGGCGAUCAUGGAGGAAACAGAUAUGAUCGUGGAGGCGAUAGAGACGACAGGAGAAGAAAAGAGUAUGUUGACUAUGAUGAUCCAUCUUAGAACGCAAAAGUUGCCAAUCCUGAGAGAUAGAUAGUUUCAUAUGACGAUCUGUUUUGA